GAGCCAUUCCAGAAACAUUUGACAAGCGAGAAAGAAAACGUCUUUACUCCACACAGUCCUUGACAAGGAAGAAUUUGUUCCAAAAUUUCACACAGCUACUACUCCUACAAAAUUCUUGCCCAAGAGUCUGGGAGACCUUGGUCAGGAAAAGCAGGCAUCAGUAUGGACCAGAGGAGAAAGGACGUCUGAUUGAGAUGCAAGACUUAUUUGCCCCAAGCCCGGGUACCCAGGAAGAGCCUCAGCUCGUCAUAUUGUAUGGGGCUGCUGGGACUGGGAAGUCAACACUGGCGAGGCAUGUGAGCAGAGCCUGGAGGCGAGGCCAGCUCUACAGGGACCGUUUCCAGCAAGUCUUCUUCUUCAGCUGCAGGGAGCUGGCCCAGUGCCAGCAGCUGAGUCUGGCAGAGCUCAUAGCACAGGGCCAGACUCUGCUCACAGCUCCCAUCAGGCAGAUCCUGGCUCAGCCUGAGAAGCUGCUCUUCAUCCUGGAUGGCAUAGAUGAGCCAGCAUGGGUCUUGGAGGGGCAGGAUCCUGAGCUGUGUCUGCACUGGAGUCAGACACAGCCAGUGCACACGCUCCUGGGCAGUUUGCUGGGAAAAUCUGUCCUCCCGGGGGCUUCCUUCCUGCUCACAGCUCGGACCACAGCUCUCCAGAGGCUCAUUCCUUCCUUGAGGCGGCCGCGUUGGGUGGAAGUCCUGGGCUUCUCUGAGUCAGGACGGAAGGAAUAUUUCAACAAAUAUUUUCUUGAGGAAAGAAAAGCAAUCGAAGCUUUUCAUUUAGUUGAAUCAGACCCAGUGCUCUCGACCCUGUGUCAGGUCCCCUGGGUGAGCUGGCUGGUCUGCACUUGCCUGUCACAGCAGAUGGAGCAGGGAGGACAUCUCUUCCUGGCCUCACAGACCACCACCACUCUCUGCCUGAAAUACCUUUCCCAGACAAUCCAAGGUCAGCACCUGGAGAACCAGCUCAGGGCUCUCUGCUCAGUGGCUGCUGAGGGGAUUUGCAGAAGAAGGACCUUGUUCAGUGCAAUUGACCUCCAUAAGCAAGGAUUAGUUAAGGCUGACAUUGGCAAUUUCCUGAAGAUCAGUGUCCUUCAACAGCAGCCCGGCUCUCUGAGCUGCAGCUUUGCCCACUUGUGUCUCCAGGAGUUCUUUGCAGCGAUGGCCUGUAUCUUCAGGGAUACUUUGGAAAGAUGUGGUAAUAUAGAAAAGGACAGAAUUAUGGAAAAUCUGAGACGAAGGUACAAGAGUCAUGAGCUGUGUGAGGCACCCAUUAUACAGUUCUUAUUUGGACUCUCGAGUGAAGAAGGACUGAGAGAAAUGGAGAGGAUCUUUGCCUGCAGGCUGCCCUGGAAGCCAAAGUUGACACUUGUGUCUGACAUCCUCGGGAAAACCCUACCCCAUCAACUGUAUUCUCUGGGUUUGUUCCACUGUCUGUUUGAGCAUCGGGAGGAGAAACUCCUGAAAAGGGUGAUGCAUGAUCUUGAAGAAGGAACUGCUCAAGUCCUAAUGGGGGUGAAGGAACCAGUAUUUCAGCCAAAUAUUGUAUAUCUGGUGGUGAGGUCAGAGGUGGAGCUCAUGGUGGUCACUUUCUGCAUUAGGUUCUGCUGCUGUGUGAGAAGCCUUCAGCUCCAUGAGGGUGAACCGAGGACACAAGCACUGCCAGUUCCCAGGAUGGUUCUAUCCAGAUGGACUCCUAUUACUGACGCCAGCUGGAAGAUUCUCUUCUUCAAUCUUAAAUUCACUAGAAACCUGGAGGAGCUGGACCUCAGUGGAAAUGCCCUGAGGCACUCUGCAGUGAAGCAUCUUUGUAGAACCCUGAGACACCCUGGUUGCAAACUAAAGACCUUGUGGCUUGUCGACUGUUGCCUCAAAUACAAGAAUUGCAAAAUCCUGGCCUCAGUGCUUGGGGCCUGCUCCAGCCUGGUUGAGCUAGACCUGCAGCUGAAUGACCUGGGAAACCAUGGUGUGAAGCUGCUGUGUAAGGCACUCAAGAAUCCUGCUUGUAACCUCAGCAUCCUGAGGUAA